CAGUUUCGUUGUCAUUGCUCGUCGCAGCUGCGAGAUAUUUACAAAUUUUGGCCAAAUCUCGGCUCAAUAUGUUUGCCGAUUGAUCCUGACUGUCACCGACCUGUACUUCGAGAACAUCGCACGGCUAACGAACAUCGCAUCGGUAUGGCGGUUCGUCACGUUCGCUGGGCGUUCGACCUGGCCAGCUGGCGGCCAACGCUGACGGAUCUGCUGCUGGCGACAGCCUGUAUUCAGCCGGAGGAGAAGCUACGGCUGGCAAAGUUUGUGUUUCGCGAUGACUUUAACGCAUCGUUGAUUGGGCGGCUGCUGUUGAGGCGGUUCGUGCACGUAGCGACGGGGCUGGAGUACGACAAGAUCGAGUUCGAUCGGGAUGUGAAGGGGAAGCCGUUCCUGAAGAAUCAGGGGUACGAGGUUGAGUUUAAUGUAUCUCAUCAGGGAAGGUAUUCGGUGCUUGCUGGAUUGGUAGUGGAGAAGGAUUGUGCGGCGAAGCCGACGAUCGGGGUGGAUGUCAUGAAGAUCGAGUACGGAGGAGGGAAGCCGCUGGGCGAGUUCUUCAGACUGAUGAAUCGGAACUUUUCUGAGGAUGAAUGGGUGUACAUAAAGGGUCAAUGCGAGGAGCAGGAACAGCUGGAAGCGUUCAUGAGGAACUGGUGCUUGAAGGAGAGCUACGUCAAGAACGUGGGUGUUGGGAUAACCGUUGAUCUGCGGAAGGUCAGCUUCGCGAUCGGAAGCAAGGAACUGCACACGAAGCGGGUGGUCUGUGAUAGCAAGUUGAGGCUGAACGAUGAACUGUUGCAGGACUGGCGCUUCGAGGAAUCUCUCAUCGAUAAAGAUCACUGCGUAGCUGUUGCACUGGAAAACAUUCCUGCUGGAGAAGACCUAACGGGCAACUUCUUUGAGACUGUCAGCUUCGCUGAACUGGUGGAGGGCCAUAAGCCACUUUUGGCGAUCGAUGAAAACUACUGCGAAGAUAUUAUCAAUAAGGAGUACAAGAAGAUGAAAUAAAGCUAUUUACUUGUUGGUUGGGGGUUUUACAUGUUCAA